AUGGCCCGAACUAAGGUCAGUCUGCUUUACUUCCGUGCUCGGCCCAUCGAGUCGUUUCCUCGCUGCCCUCCAUCCCGGGAGACCUCCCCUCGUCUGUUCCCGCUCCCACUCUUCUUUCCUUUUCCAUCCUCGCCUUCGUCCCAUGUCCUCUCAUCAUGUGCUGUCGCGCUCGUCCUCAUCCAGUCCUACAUACAUAUCUGGCCCUGUGCACCUGAGAUCUCCAUCGCAUCCCGAGAAGCACCUCAGCCCCCCGCUCUCGUCGCAGCUACCACAUAUUUAUUUAGUACACUACCCACCUUCCUAGUCACAGCCCACACCCACCCCGAGCGAUUUGCACAGCACCCAUCUGCUACUCGCUUGCUUCUGUCUCAGCACACUCACCACCCCUCCCCACCAUACCAACAAACUGCCCGUAAAUCCACCGGAGGUAAAGCUCCUCGUAAGCAACUCGCUGCCAAGGCCGCCCGUAAAUCGGCGCCCGCUACCGGCGGUGUCAAGAAGCCUCACCGAUACAAACCCGGUACCGUCGCUCUUCGUGAAAUCCGAAGAUACCAGAAGUCGACCGAGCUCCUCAUUCGCAAACUCCCAUUCCAACGUCUCGUUCGAGAAAUCGCUCAGGACUUCAAGACUGAUCUCCGAUUCCAGUCUUCCGCAAUUGGGGCAUUACAAGAGUCCGCUGAGGCCUACCUUGUAUCCUUGUUCGAAGAUACCAACUUGGCUGCCAUUCAUGCUAAACGUGUAACUAUCCAACCCAAGGAUAUCCAGCUUGCUCGUCGCCUCCGCGGUGAACGAUCAUAA